AUUUUUAGAAAAAUGUUUAGAUGUGUUAAUUUCCGAACAAUAUUUUCAAUGGCAAGAAAUAUUAGGGUUAUAAAUAAAUUAAAAAAGACUUAGGAAGCUUCUCAAUAAUUUUCAAUGUCUUAUGAAAAUAAAAAUGAUGAUGAUGGUAUAAACUGUCUUGAUAAUUAGAUGUGAUUGGAGAUAUAAAUGAUGUUUAAUUAAAAUAAGACUAAAUUCUUAAAGAUUCAAAUAAACCUGAUAUUAAUUUAAUUAAAGAAACGGUAUUAUUUGAUGGAGAUGAUCCUUAUUAUGAAAAAGUUGUCGAUAGACCUGAUAAAGGAACAGUUUGGGGAUUACAAGGUGAACUUGUGCAAUAAAAAGAAAUAUUAUUUGAUCCUAAUCAAUAAUUGGACAUAUAUAAAUUAAUUUCUUUUUUAGAAGUAUCGAUAUUCUAAAAUAAUUGAGAUAAAUUAAAUAAAAGAUAUUGUACAUUAUGAUUUAGAAGAGUAUGGAAAAGAAUUACCUUAAAGAUAUGGUAUUGUCGGAACUAUGUAUUCAAGCAAUCAUGGAUGGAAAGUUUGUAAAGAAUUAAUUAAAGGAUUUAUGGUCUAAUAUCAAAAAGAAUAAGAAGAAAUAAAAAAAUAAAAUUUAGAAUUAGGAAUUGAAGCAAUGAAUGCUGGACCUGAAUAGAGAGGAAUUUUGAAUCUAAAAAGACAACAUCAUUUAGGUAUAGGAACUUAUGGAAAACCUUAAAUAAGUGGAUAAAAAGAUGAUGAAUGGUUGAUGGUUUAUUAUAAGCAAUACAUGAUUCAUUUACUGACUGAAGAUAGUAGAUAAGAAGUUGAUAUUGAAGCUAAAUGGAUUUAUCAACCUACAGAAGAACAUAUGGAUGAAUAUGAUAAAUUAAUGAUUGCCACUAAAACAGGAAAUAGAAGAUUUUUCGAACCUUUUGAGUGA